GAGCGAACUCGCAAGUCGCAGGCCCUUUCCGCAGCCAAGUGUCGAGUAAUCGGGGAUGGCGGCGUCUGAAGAUCUGGAAGCUGCCUACGAUGGCCUUUUCAUGGCCGCUGAACACGGGCGAGCUGAUGUGCUGAAGGCACUCCUCGAACAUGGAAAGGAUGUUUUGGAUCUUCCACAGAUUCGAAAUGCUGCUGGCCUCACACCACUUCACGUUGCCGUGAUUUUUCAAAAAGCUGACGCUGUACGCACGUUGCUAGCUGCUGGCUUCCCUGCCGAUGCUCAAGUAAUUGGCUCGGCGAACCCAAAGUACGCAGGUUUAACAGCCUUCGCGUUGGCGGCGAACCAAGCACCAGCUCGCUCCAUUUUGCAAGUGUUCCUCCAAUUCGCCAUUCAAGAAGUCGCGGCGAACAACGUAGAAAGUGUUGCGUCAAUUAUUCGUGCUGGUGCUGACCCCAUCACCGCCACUGACGGCUCCCCUCUGGAGAAUUCACUGCUUCAUUGGGCUGCCUGCAGCAAUGCAGUCGACGUCGCAGUCCUCCUGCUCGAUCACGUCACGGACGAGAACCAACGAGCUGUUCUGAUUAACCGACGCAAUGCUGAUGGCGCCACUGCGCUGCAUGAUGCGUGCUAUGGCAACCAUGCAGCAUGCGUUCAGCUACUGGUGGACCGUGGCGCCGACCUGUCGAUUGUGGGGACUUCUGGGUACUUUAAGGACAAGACAGCCGUCGAAGUUUCGAGCAGCAAUGAUAUCAUGCAGAUCAUAGCUAAAGCUCGCCUCCAGCCCGCGUCGGCUUUGUCUAGCCCAUCCGUCGACGCUUGUCUUCGCCAUGACAUCGAGCAGAACUUCGCGGAAGCGACUUCGUCGAACGUGGUGGAGCCCGUGCUGCCAUCGCCUCCCCGAUCCAAUACGGAAAAGCAAACCGAUACUCAAUUUCGUGGAGAUCAUACGUCCGUACUGUUGGAGGAAAAGCAAGCGUUAAUUGAAGAGCUCAAGCAUACGAUCGACGGUCUAGUCACCGAGUCUCACGACCGCCAACUGCUCCGAGAACAGGAAGUCGUGCUCGAGUUCAUUCGAAAGCUUCGAGAGGAGAAGCAGGUGGUUGAGCGCCAUUUACAGGAUGCGGAACAGCACAUCGUUGCCCAGGAAGAAAUCAUGAUGGAACUUAAGACCCACAUUCGCCGACACAAUGCCCUUGUCGAGGACUUGAAGCAAGAGAUUCGUACUCUGCAGCACGAAAAAGCGAUGGCGAAUGCCCACCUCCGAAAUGCCAACACCGCAACAGUCGAAGACUUGGUUGUCACGGUGACGGCUACCACGGACGACGAACCGCCACAUAGCAAUCGAAGCAACUCAAGUACCACCAGCGGUCGAAGCAUCACGUUCCGCAGCAUGAGCGCGACCACCGAGUUGGAUGUGCCGCUUCCAUCGCCCAAGACGCCGCCGACCCCAAGCUUCUGGACGAGUUUACUUUAUUACUUGUGGCCAUUUACAGACGAAGAAGCGCUGCCGUCGAUGAACUCGACGGAUCGUGUAGCCAUCGACCAGACUAUCAUGACUGUUUAGCUUCAGUCGGGUGAUGUUGUAUUUAUUCGACCAAAACACUUGCGUCGACGUUGCUCGUGGGCAAGCAGC